GAGCUAUUUGAGUACAAUGUAAUGGUUUGUAAUUCUUUAAUUCAUAAACACAUGAUCUUGACUUCCGGUCAGAUGCCACUGCCCCAGGGCCGGGCUGUACGUGUUCGUGGUGCGUUGCUGCACCUUGUACGGAUCUAAGCUAACCUAUAACUUUUUUUUUGAAAGGAAGGGCCUUUAAAUUGUAUACUUUGUUAAUUACAUUAUCACAAAAAUUGGAAUUGCGGAGUAGUAAUGGAAAGUGCAUUCUGAAUCAGAUUCCCUACUUUGAAGCCGGGGAGGGUUUGUUUUGUGCCACUGACAGCUUGAAGUGUCACUCUAGUGGACUGUAUUAGUGAAUUCUACUAAAAAUGGCAAAUAACGGGUCGUACAGCAAUGAUCGUCCAUCCUCUGGUGGUGACCCACCGGAUUAUGCUGCUGAUCCAGCUUCUGGAGGAUUUUUUCAUUCAGAUUAUAAAAAGCAUGAUGAUUUAAAACAAAUGUUGGACAGUAAUAAAGAUGGGCUCAAACUUGAGGCCAUGAAAAGAAUCAUUGGGAUGGUUGCAAAAGGUCGAGAUGCAUCUGACUUAUUUCCUGCUGUAGUUAAAAAUGUGGUUUCAAAAAAUAUUGAAGUAAAGAAAUUGGUUUAUGUGUAUCUUGUUCGAUAUGCAGAGGAACAACAAGAUCUGGCUCUCCUUUCUAUUUCAACGUUUCAGAGAGCAUUGAAGGAUCCCAAUCAACUAAUUCGAGCUAGUGCUCUUCGUGUUCUGUCCAGCAUAAGGGUCCCAAUGAUUGUACCUAUAGUUAUGUUGGCAAUCAAAGAUUCUGCAUCUGACAUGUCUCCAUAUGUAAGAAAAACUGCAGCUCAUGCUAUACCUAAGUUGUAUAGUUUAGAUCAAGACCAAAAAGAAGAAUUGGUGCAUGUAAUUGAAAAACUGUUGUCUGAUAAAACUACACUAGUAGUUGGUUCUGCAGUUAUGGCAUUUGAAGAGGUGUGCCCUGAGCGUAUUGAUUUGGUUCAUAAAAAUUACAGAAAGCUUUGUAACCUCUUGGUUGACGUAGAUGAAUGGGGCCAAGUAAUAAUUAUUAACAUGCUUACUCGUUAUGCACGAACACAAUUUGUCAAUCCUAAUGAUGAUACCGUUGGGGAAGAAACAGUUGAUAAACCAUUUUAUGAAGAUGAUGAUGAUGAAGAUGAAGAUACUGAAAAGGACGAAAAAGUUAAAAAGACAUACACUCUUGAUGCUGACCACCGACUAUUACUUCGAAAUACAAAACCUUUAUUACAGAGCCGAAACGCAUCUGUUGUUAUGGCUGUGGCACAGUUGUACCAUCAUUUAGCCCCAAGGUCAGAAGUGAACGUUGUUGCCAAAGCCCUCAUAAGAUUGCUUCGAUCUCAUCGUGAAGUGCAAUCUGUUGUAUUAAAUUGUAUUGCAUCGAUAUCCACUAUGAGAAAGGGAAUGUUUGAGCCAUUCUUGAAGAGCUUUUUUGUAAGAACAAGUGAUCCUACUCACAUUAAACUGUUAAAAUUGGAAAUAUUGACAAAUUUAGCCACUGAAACAAGUAUAUCAGUGAUUCUUCGAGAGUUUCAAACUUAUAUAUCAAGCAAUGAUAAGGAAUUUGUUGCUGCAACGAUUCAAGCUAUAGGACGUUGUGCAUCAAACAUUAAAGAAGUGACGGACAUCUGUUUGAAUGGAUUAGUGGUUCUUCUUUCAAAUAGAGAUGAAGCUGUGGUGGCUGAAAGUGUUGUUGUAAUAAAAAAAUUGCUUCAAACACAACCUAAUGAACAUAAAGAUAUUAUUAUUCAUAUGGCUAAAUUAGUAGAUUUUAUAACUGUUUCACAGGCACGAGCAUCUAUUCUUUGGCUUUUGGGAGAAUAUUCUGAUCGUGUGCCUAAAAUUGCCCCAGACGUACUUCGUAAAAUGGCAAAAACAUUUAUUAAUGAGGAGGACAUUGUUAAGCUUCAAAUACUAAAUCUUGCUGUGAAGUUAUAUUUAACAAAUCCCAAGCAAACAAAACUUCUUUGUCAAUAUGUAUUUAGUUUGGCUCGUUAUGAUCAAAAUUACGAUAUUAGAGACCGUGCAAGAUUUCUGCGUCAAUUCAUAUUUCCAACCAAUGGUUCCGAGCAAACAAAAUUAUCAAAACAUGCAAAGAAAAUCUUUCUUGCGACAAAGCCAGCGCCUGUAUUGGAAUCCAAAUUUAAAGAUCGUGAACAGUUUCAGCUGGGAUCCCUUUCUCAUUAUAUAAAUGCUCGAGCGAAUGGCUAUCAUGACUUGCCUGAUUUUCCUGAGGUGGCUCCGGACAAUGGUGUAAGGGAUGUAGAACCUACCCCUGUUUACCAAGAACCUCGUGUGAAGAAGCCUCAUGUGGUCAAAAAACGAUCAUUUUAUUCUGAAUCAGAACACAGUUCCCCAGCAGAUGAAGAUUCAGAUGACAGCAGUGAAGAAGAUAGUAGUGAUGAUGAAAGCUCAGAAGAAAAUAGUGAGGCAGAAAGCGGUUCUGAAAGUGAAGAAAACUCAAAAAGCAAAUCUACUAAUGCACCAAGUGUUAAGAAAGUCUCCAAAAAAUCCGAUGAUUCAGCAGAAUCAGAUUCUGAUGAGGAAGAUGACGACGACUCAUCUUCAUCUUCCUCAUCUUCUGAUGGAGGCGGAGAUGAAGAGGAUGAUGAUGAUGAUGACGAUAAGGCUAGUGAGUCUUCAGAAACAAAUGAUUCGUCAGAUAAUGAAAAGAAAAAGAAGCCAAAAGAAGCAACUGCUGUAGUUAAGGGAUCUGUAAGCACUAAUCAGUCCAGAUCUGGAGCUGCCAAACCAAAAAGCAAUUUGGAUUUGCUUUUAGAAUUGGAUGACGUUCCCCCAACAAUUACUCCAGUGAUGACCCCUUCAUUGGGUGGCUUCUUAACUCCAUUAACGACGCCUGUUGCCCCAUUGACUUCCACUACCAUCCAGAAUCUUCCCCCAGGUAUAACAAUGCACGAUUUUGCUCCUAUUGGACUCUUACACGUAGGCACAAGUUUGCCAGGUACAGUUGGCAUUGAUUUUAAUGAUUCAACCCAGCCUAUCAGUUUUGAAAUAGUUACAAGUGAACGAACGUGCAAAGUGAACUUACGAGCUUCAAUAGGAGAGCUUAUUCGUGCUGUUACAAUGCCCGAGAAUCUCUUCAUUUCUGAACAAGGAAAAUUGAAAGGAAUGACUGAACACACUGCAUCUCUCUCAUUGCCAAUUACAUGUAACAAUUCAAAGGCGAUUUGUCAAAGGGUAUAUGAAAUUGCAAAUGUGGCAGCUAUUCCUGGCACCGAUCCUAGUGUUUUGAGAUUUGCAGGGCAGACAUUGUCAUCUAAGUCUUUGGUCCUUAUAAUAAUAAAGAUAUUAGAUGGUGAACAAGUCAAUGUAUCUGUGAAUUGUGAAAAGAUGGUUGUUGGAUCUAUGCUCUUAAAUGAAAUUAAGAGCCAUUUACGAAAGCAUUAUAGAUCGGGUUCAGUCGGGCCGGUGAAAUCGAAAGGCAUGGGAUUUGCUCCCUGAUAAAAGACCAACAUUUCGUGAUGCGAAGACAAAGUUGGGUCUUUUAAGGGCACAGACAAUUUCCAAUUAGACAUAAUUAAUUAAGUGCUUCAAAGAAGUUGUGGUUAGGUAUUGCUGAUUUUGGGGAGUGUAAAAAGAACCUUAUACGUCCAAACUCUUCUGCCAGGAUCAUAUCCUUACAGUGUAUAUUUGAAUGAAUGUGUGCGUAUUUGCCUAUGUACAAAGAAGAUAACACAAUAGUUAUUUUAACUAUGAGCUCAUUAGAAUGAUGAACAAAUAAAAUGUUUAUCCCCUUUAUGAGCUAAUAUGUGUGCUUUGUAGAAAAGUGACUAUGUUAAAUCAAAAAAUGAGUCAGACAUGCCCUGUGAAUUUCUGUUCUUUAUACUUAAUUCAUGCUGCAAUAUUGACUUAGAUUCAAAAAGUGGUGAAAAGUAUUGCAGCAUCUAAUAGAUCAGUGUUACAUCAGUGAAUUACUUGUGUAUCAUCAGUCAUGCAGCUAUACUUGUGCAAUGCAUGUAAUAAAUGGUCUUUCUUGUACAAUGUUUGGUCCAUUACUGUGUCUAAUUGUGCAUGAGACUUGAUAUUGGUAGAAAGGAAAUAUUUCAACUGUUAACCUUGUUUAACGCUUACAGAUGCCUGUUUAAUUUUCCUACCCACAAAAAAAUCAACAUUCUUCUCCACGAUUUUAAUUUUAAAUGCCUUCCAAAUUGCAUAAUGUUAUAAAAAGCUUAUUUAAAUACAUACUGAAUAUUGACCAUUCUUGAAUGUAUAAACUGCCUUUUUCAGUAUUGACAUAUGAAAUCUUUUGUCUUAUAUAGCUGAUCACAUUACCUUUUCAGUAGAAUAUGUCCAGUAAUUUGUGAUGAUAGGUUACAAAAAUUGUGUUGUAAUUGCAUUGCUUGUACAUUUUUAUUUUAAUUUUGGAUUAAUUUCCUGGCUCAAUUUUCUUGGGAAAUGGAAUGUAUAAAGUGCAAAUUUUGUGUGCCUUGGGUUUAAAUUAAGUGUAACUUGAAUGAAGAGGAAUGUUUAUUUUUACUGUUCUUUGUAAAAGAAUCUCACUGGAGGAGAAGACUUGUAAACUUUUGUUUCGUGUACAUUAGAGUGAGGAAGGAAAGGUUGCUCAAAGAACUCAAGAGUGGUCUUUGUCUUGCUCGGGCAAGAUGUAUGAAAAUUGUUUUAUUUUGUGUACAUUAUAUUUGUAAAUAGCUCUGUAUAUAAUAUAUAUCUAUAGAUUUAUAUUAAGAAACUAUUUCUUAUGACAAUCUGGAUUGAUUCUGUUUGAUCAUUUUCCUUAUAUUGUACCUUUUUAAUUUAGUUUACCUGUGGUUAAACCUGAUUUAGUCAUUAAUAAUCAGAGUCUGAUGCCCAAGAAUUAAAAAGGGUUUUUAGUAAUAUACAUAUGCAGAGGAAUAAACCUGAAGAGAUGUGUUCCGUUAACUUGUUGUAUGAUUAUGUACCUCAUUUACUACAGUUUGUGAAUUGAAUUCAAAGAUCUAUGAAUUUGGAUAGUUUUGGAGAUCAUAUAAGAUUGCUUAUAUUUGUAUUAAAUAUAUAAAUUUUUGGCUUUCUUGGGCUUUUAUGUUCUUAGCAUUACUCAGUAAAGAAAACUCUUUGAAAUUUCAAGUAAUGAAAUGCCUUCCCUGAAAACCGUAACCUCAUCUCAUGUGAGAAAUAAUAUAAAAUUCAGUGAACAUUUGUUUAUCACAAUAUAUUCAGAGGCCAUCCUUAGAAUGAAUGCAAGUGGAGCUGUCGUUACAGCUAGUGCCACAUAACAUUGAAGAAUCAAACCUUAGAACUGAUCAGAUUUGUAGCACUUGAACAUCAAAUGAUCUUUUGUAUUAAAAGAAAUAAACAGAUGCAGCAGAAUAUAUUACAUGUCAUUUUUAAAACAAUAUUGGUAAGUAUUGUGAAAUUAUUGUGUAUGUACCUACUUCAAAUUGAGAGUACUUUGACUCCACUUCUGUCCAGUACUGAGGACUGCUGCUUCAUUUGCUUCACCUAAUGACUGUCCUUCAGAGGUAUCUCAAAACAAAGAAUUACACAGACAUGUUUUCUAGUCUGAUGUUCCUUGACGUUUGAUGUAAAAUCUUUGAGAAAGUGUAUUCUGCAAGUAUUAUGUGUCAACAUGAAAAUAUGGCUCUAUUGGACAGUAAUAAAUUAUGUUUAUUAGAAAUAAGAAAAGGAACUGCUUGCUAAGAGUGCAACAAUGUAUUUUGAGAAGGUAAUAGAAGAACAUUUACACAUUAAAGAUAUCUUUCUUGAGUAUUGUCUGUGAAUACAUCAUGGUGGAUGAAAACCUUAUUGAAAAUCAUUAAUGCAGAUUGUAAUGUACGUAAAUAGCUAAGGUGCUGCCCUUGCUGGAAACAUCAUUCUUGACACAGUGUAGAUGUAAAUAAUCAUCUGAUUCUAACCAAAUACUAGGUAUUUUCUUUGUGCAUUUCUGUGUAUGUAACAAUCCAGACAGAUCUGAUAAAAGUAUGAACAUGUUUUUUGUUAACUUUUUUCUACUAGUUAUAAAAUGUUUUGAUCGUAGUCCUCUGGUAGUGUGAAAUGCAUGAAAAAUUUACAAAAUUUCACAGAGUACUGUGCAGUAACUUCUUAGGAAAAUAUUCCGAAUACAUUUUGAGAGAAUGUGUUGGUCUUUGGUGUACAAGCAUGGUAGCAGCAACUUAGUGGAUAACCCUGCAUAUGUUGUAGGUGAGAUCAUUGUAUGGUAAUCUGAACAAAAUAAAAAUAUGCAACAUUUGGAUUUAAAUAUAUUGAUUUAUUCUCCA